UACAAUACAGGUGUGUACUACUGGAAGAUGCAGAUGUAUCAAAAGCAUUGAUUGAAUAUGCCUCUCGGACGGGAAUUGAGCAUUUGGUUCUUGGCUCCUCAACAAGAGCUAAUUUGCUUGAAAGAUUCAAGGUAUUCGAUAUUCCUGGAACAGUGUCAAAAAUGGCACCAAAUUUUUGCACAGUUUAUGUCAUUAAUAAAGGAAAGAUUCAAUCGAUGCGAUCUGCCUCUCGUCCUGCUCCAAACAUUUCCCCUCUGCAAGUUAACCAAACUACCAUCGAACUAUACCAAUCAAAUACAACUGAAAUGGAGGAAGAAACACAUGGAUCAGAAGGUCCACGACAUGCAGAUGCAAGAACAAAUGAUCAAAGUACAAUUCUGCAGGUAUUGGAUGCUUUGCAAAAGCUGCAGGGAAGCGUCACUCAGUUAGAGCAGACAGUGGCUACCAGGAUAGAGGCAGUGGGGGAUCGUCUUGAGAAGGUAGAAGACAAAGUUGGCAUUCUUCAUCAACAAGCAAAAGACUGAGUAAAUCGUCAAAGCAUGACCUUAAUUCUUAACUUUUUUAUGUUUCUAUUUACGCAAAUCUCCAUGUUUUUCUAAUUUCCUCAUAGUAGUUUGUUUUGACUUUGAUUGUUUUAAAACAAA